AUGGCUGCAGCGGAGACCGCCUUGCCCUCCAUCAGCACGCUGACCGCCCUGGGCCCCUUCUCGGACACACAAGAAGACAUCCUCAAGUGGUGGCGCUCUGAAGACGUGCAGGACUUGGGCCCGGGCCCCCCCGACCAUACUGGACCACCCCUCCACGUGAGGCCUGAGCUGGAGAACGCACCUGGGGAGGACGAAGAUGAUGACAGGGACGCAGCUACCCCCUGGGACCUGGAUCUCCUCUUCACCAACUUCCCGUGCUCAGAGCCCGGCGGUGCGCCCCAGACCUGCGCGCCUCAGGCUUGCGCUCUGGCGCCGGGAGAGGGUUCCGGAGCGCAAUUCCCACCGCCGCCCGAGACUCUGGGCGCGUAUGCGGGCGGCCCGGGGCUGGUGGCUGGGCUCUUGGGCCCCGAGGAGCACCUGGGCUGGGCGCGCCCGGCCCCACGAACCCCGGCUCCCGAUACCUUCGUGGGCCCAUCCCUGAUCCCGACCCCCGAGCCCAAAGCCCUGCCCUUGCAGCCGUUGUACCCGGGACCCGGCGCGGGUUCCUCCGGCAGCUACUUCCCGAGGACCGGGCUUUCCGUGCCUGCAGCGCCGGGCGCCCCCUACGGGCUGCUGUCCGGGUACCCCGCGCUGUACCCGAUGCCGCAGUACCAAGGGCAUUUCCAGCUCUUCCGCGGGCUCCAGGCGCCGGCACCUGGCCCCGCCUCGCCCCACUCCUUCCUGAGUUGUCUAGGGCCCGGGACGACGGGUGCAGGACUCGGGGGGACUACAGGAGACCCAGGAGGGACCGCGGAGGCCGCGCCAUCCAAGCGCAGCCGGCGAUCUUGGGCACGCAAGAGGCAGGCUGCGCACACGUGCACGCACCCGGGAUGCGGCAAGAGCUACACCAAGAGCUCGCACCUGAAGGCGCAUCUACGCACGCACACAGGGGAGAAGCCGUACGCCUGCACGUGGGACGGCUGUGGCUGGCGGUUUGCGCGCUCCGACGAGCUGACCCGUCACUACCGAAAACACACAGGACAGCGCCCCUUCCGCUGCCAGCUCUGUUCGCGUGCAUUUUCGCGCUCUGAUCAUCUGGCCUUGCACAUGAAGCGUCAUCUUUGA